CGGUCGUAGUGGUGGCGGAGGAGGUGGGCACGAAUCAGCUGCGGGCGGAGACAUGGCCAACAUCGCGGUGCAGCGAAUCAAGCCGGAGUUCAAGGAGGUGCUGAAGAGCGAGGAGACGAGCAAAAAUCAAACUAAAGUAGAUCUUGUAGAUGAGAAUUUUACAGAAUUAAGAGGAGAAAUAGCAGGACCUCCAGACACACCAUAUGAAGGAGGAAGAUAUCAACUAGAGAUUAAAAUACCAGAAACAUAUCUAUUUAAUCCCCCUAAGGUCCGGUUUAUCACUAAAAUAUGGCAUCCUAAUAUUAGUUCCAUCACAGGGGCUAUUUGUUUGGAUAUCCUGAAAGAUCAAUGGGCAGCAGCAAUGACUCUCCGCACGGUAUUAUUGUCAUUAGAAGCACUACUGGCAGCUGCAGAACCAGAAGAUCUGCAAGAUGCAGUAGUAGCAAAUCAGUACAAACAAAAUCCCGAAAUGUUCAAACAGACAGCUUGACUUGGGGCACAUGUGUAUGCUGGAGCACCCGUGUCUAGUCCAGAGUACACCAAAAAAAUAGAAAACCUAUGUGCUAUGGGCUUUGAUAGGAAUGCAGUAAUAGUGGCCUUGUCUUCAAAAUCUUGGGAUGUAGAGACUGCAACAGAAUUGCUUCUGAGUAACUGAGACAUAGAGCUGCUGAUAUAGUCAAGCUUGACCCUUCUUGAGGAGCGUCAACAUCUGCUAUUUUUAGGAUUCUGCAUAGAUUUCUUUUAAACUGGCAUUCUUGCCUAAUGAUGUUAUCUAGGCACCAUUGGAGACAAAAUAAUCUCUGCUCUGUAAAUAAAGCUAAUUAAACAUCUCUGUAAAUUAAAAAAAAGAUUAUUUUGCUGCCAUGCUCUGCAAUUUUAUUACUCCUCCUAAAAUGCAAUGGGAUAGGCAGCAUGAUUUAUGUUUGAAUUCUGGGGCCUUCAGC